AUGACAAUUGAAAAUUGUGAUAAAAGCUUUAUCAAAGCAUUAAAAGUUUUAGAGGAUAGAAUUUAUUUAGUAAAUGUGAAUUAGAAUAAUGCAAAUUUAAUUCAAUUAGAUAUCAAUGGAGUCUAAUUAUCAUCCAAUAUAUUAGAUAUUCCUAAUAUAGCAGAAAUCAAAUUUGAAAUAUCAAAAGAAUUGAUUGUCUUUUUUUAUUAACUGUUAGGCUAGUCAUAAUGGGGAAUGAGAAUUUACACUCAGAUAAUGGUUAUAAUUUAUAUUAAAGAAGAUGUCUUAAUGGAAAUCAAAGAUCUUUCAAUAGCUGUUUCUGAAGUUGCAAUUACCUUAAGUUGGAGUGAAGUGAAUGAACAGGAAAUAUUCUAUUAAACUAUUGAUAAAAUGGGAACAAUUAUUAAAUCUGGAUCAAUAAAGAAUGAUUAAUAAAAUAGCAAGCCUAUGCUAAUAGUUUUAUUAAAUAUUUAUGUUGGAUUUGUCUGGGAAGUUCAAAACAUUUAAGAGCUACGAGGAUUGCAGCUAUCUAUAAUGAACAACCUAGGAGAAUUUUCCAGAUAGAUGCAAAUAAUUUGCUCUCCUAAUUGUCUUUAAUGUGAAAAUAACUAAUUAUGUACAAUUUGUGAAUUAGGAUAUAAUUUAAUACAAAUUAAAUAAAAUGAAAACUUGUGCUCAAAAAAGUGCGAUUAAAAUUGUAUUAAUUGUGAUAAUUUGGGAAGAUGCUACUAAUGUGUGGAAAAUUAUUAUUUGUCAAAUUAUUAAUGUAAAUUUGAUGAAAUUUAAUCUAAAUCAAUAAGAAUUAAUUAAUACUCAUAACAAAGUUAGAUUUAAUAAUAAGGAGCAAAAUUUAGUGAUGGUUCUAUCAUAGUUGUCUGGUCAAGUAAUUAUUAAGAUGGUGACAGAUGGGGAGUUUAUGCCUAAUUAAUUGAUAAUGCUGGUGUUAAAAUAGGAGACAAUAUAAAAAUUAGUUUGAAUUCUCAAGGAGCUUAACAUUCUCCUCAUGCAGCUGUAUUACAAGAUGAUACAGUUAUAAUCAUAUAUAUUGAUGGAGAUCCUUUCAAUGGCAAUGCGAUUUUAAAAGCUUAAAAAUUUGAUAAACUGAUGCAAAGAAUAGGAGAUGAAUUUUAAGUUGCUUAAAUUUAUAAUAAUUUAUACAGCUUAGAACAUGAAAAUACUUGCAAAGUAUUAAAUUUAAAAAAUGGAGGAUUUGUUAUUGGAUAUUUAAAUGCAAUUUAAAAUACUUUUGGAAAAUUUAUUCAUCUAAAAUUCUAUGACUAAUAGGGUAACUUUGUAGUUGAAUAAUAAAUUGAAGCAUCAUAUGAUCCUAACUUCUUUGAUUAUCUAAAUAUUGCUACUGCUGAUAAUCUUGCUGUAAGUUAUAAAAAUGGAUAUUGGGAUAUUCAUAUUAAUUUAUAUUCAUUAACUGGAUAAUUUUUAUAAAAAAAAUUAUUAGAUUAAUUUUCAUAGUAACCAUUAGGAUAUUAUUAUUCUCUCAGAAGCACACCAAACUAUUAUGCAUUAGUAUAUCAAAAAUAUGAUAAAGAAAUAACCAAAAUAUUUGUAUAAUUAUAUGAUCUAUAAUUAAAUAAUAAAGGAACUCCUUUAGAGAUUUAAUCUUCUGAUUAUUGGAUAUCAUCAUUUUAAUAUAAUGAUGAAAUAUUAAUUUUAAUUCAAAAUUAAUAUAGUUAAUAAUUGUUUUAGAUAAAAAAUGAACAAAUAGUCUUUUUAAAUACCUACAAUUUGUAACUUUAAAAAUUUAAUUAUUACUCUAGCUCUAUAUAUAUAAUAGAAUCCUAAAAUUAUAACUAUUUCUUAAUUUGGUAAAAAAAUGGAGAUCUUUAUUUUCAACUUAGUUCUUCCUAAGGUGCUCUUUUAGCUUAAUAAUAAAAAGUUUGUUCAAAUGGUUGCUUAUAAUGUUAAAAUGAAUUUUAAUGUGACAUAUGCCUUAGUGAAAAUUAUUAUCUAUCAAAUGAUCUCUGCCUACCAAUUAAUUUAAGUAAUUGUAAAAAGACAACUAUUCCUUUAUAUUGUGAUGAAUGCUAAAAAGGAUUUUAUAAAAAGUAGGAAGGAAUAUGCACACAAGUACCAUCUAACUAUUAAGAACCUUAAAAUCUCCUAACUCUUCAAGAAUAAGAAAAAAUUAAAGAUUUAAUUCUUUCAAGCAAUGGAUAUAUUGUUUCUUUUUCUUUAACAAGUUCAAAUGUGUAUAAAUUCAAGAUCUUAGAUGGAGAAAUGAAUAUAUAUAAUAUAGAAUUAAAUAAUCAAGAAUUACUCGACUCAAUUAAACUUUAAGUAUACUUUGAAGACAAUGAUACAAUAUUAGUGUAGUAUUUUGAAGAAUAGAUUACAGUUAAGAGAUAUAGCUUAAAUGGUACUCCUUAAAACCCAAGAUCCCUUUUAAUACAAAAAUAUGAAAACUAUUAACUCAAAUCAAAAAAUUUAAUUUUAGAACCUUUAUCUAAUUAUCAGUAUUCGCUUACAUUUUAUACUAUUACUGAAAAUGAUCUCAAAAAUAAUUUAAUUUCAUUUUAUAAUGUAAUACUUGAUUCUUCAUUUAAUGAAAUAGGAAAUAUACAAAAUAUUUUCUUCUCAUUCGAUUUUUAUUUUGUUUAAUAAACAACAAAAUCUUAAUUUUAAGUUCACCUUUCAAAUGGUAGAAUUUACAAUAUAAUUAGAAAUAAAAUUACAGGAUUCUUUAUAUUUUAGGAUACGUUGCGCCCUACUCUCAUCCAUAUAGCUUAAAUUAAAAGUGGAAAUAAAGUUGAAAUCGUUGAGGUUAAAUCAUUAUUAUCUGAAACAGAAACUUCAAUUUCUGUUGGUUAUAAAAUAUAAGAUAUAAAAAUUGAUUUCCUGAUUUCAGCCAAAAAAGUUUUGAAUUAAGGGUUCAGUAAAUAAAGAUUCAUAAAAUUAUUGACAUAUACUAAUUCAUUUGCAAUAUUUGUAGAACAAUAAAAUUUCAAUAUUAAUUCAAAUUAAAGACAAUUGGUAGUUCAAUACAUAUAUAAUACUGGUAAAAACAUCGGUGAUUACAUAUAUAUUUGUUCUUAUGAAGAAAAUGCUUUCAUGGAAAUAAUCUAAUUCUAAAAUGGAUUCAAAAUAUAUUGGUAGAAAUAAGAAUGUGAUGAUUAGGGAUGUUCUAAUAAUUUAGUUUGGAAUACAUAUGAUAGAGAUAAUGAUUUACCAGAUCCAUCUGAGCCUCAAAUAAUCAUUAAUGAUCCAAUUAAAGAUGGAAAAGGCAUUGAAGUUGCAGAAAAAUGUACUCAAGAGAUGAUGAAAAAACUUAUUAAAUUCUCUAACAACGACUAUGCUAUUUUAUAUAUUUGUUAGAAUAUUAUGAGAAUGAGGAAAUUCGAUAAAGAAGGUUUAUAACUAAACUUUAUUGAAGUUACUCUUGAAUUGAUUCAUUUAUUUGAUACAACUGUAAUAAAUAAUGAAAUCUAUGUAAGUAUGGUUGAUACUUUAGAUAAGAGAAUAUGUAAAAUAUAUAAAUUAGAUUAAUUCACAAACACUUUGAUAUUUUAACAGGAUUAUAUUCAUGAUUCAUAAAUUUUUGAUAUUAAAAUGGAGGGAUUGCAAAUUUAUUAUGUUCUUUUAAUAUCAAGUUUCAAAAACUAUAUUUUUGAUAAUGCAUCCUUAAUUGGACGUUCUUAAUCAUUAUUUAUAUAUGAUGCAUCAAAUGUGAAAAUCUUUGAAAAAAUAGAUAUCAAUUAUCCUGAAUUAAUGACAAUUGAAAAUUGUGAUAAAAGCUUUAUCAAAGCAUUAAAAGUUUUAGAGGAUAGAAUUUAUUUAGUAAAUGUUAAUCAGAAUAAUGCAAAUCUAAUUCAAUUAGAUAUCAAUGGAGUCUAAUUAUCAUCCAAUAUAUUAGAUAUUCCAAAUAUAGCAGAAAUCAAAUUUGAAAUAUCAAAAGAAUUUAUUGUCUUCAUUUAUUAAAUAUAUGGUUUUAAGGAGUGGGGUUUGAGGCUCUGUCUUUAACCAUUCCAAUGUAUCUACUUUGAUUAUUAAUACUUAUAUGGAGUUGAAGAUGCUACAAUAGCUAUAUAUUAGUCUACAUUUAUUUUAUCUUGUGUUAAUAAAAUAUAAAAUUCGCUCACUUAUUAUUUAUUUAAUCAAUAUGGAUUCAAAAUAAUGAAAGGAAUUAUUUAAAUUCGAUCAUCAAUUUCUAGACCAAUUUUAUUUACCUUAUCUAAUUACUAUGUAGGAUUGUCAUGGGCUGUUAAAGAUAAUUCUUCAUAAUGGCGAUUAUAAUUAACUAUAAUUAACGAUUAGGGAUAAUUUACUGAGUCUUUAACUAAGAUUUGCUCCUCUAAUUGCUUAGAAUGCACAAGUAAUUCAGAAUGUACAAAAUGCGAAAUUGGAUUUUAGUUGUAUUAUGAUGGAUUUUUAAGUGGAAUGUACUGCAAAUAAGGAUCAAGUUCAGCUUGUUUAUCUUAUGAUGGUGAUUUAUGUAGUGAAUGUCUUUCUUAUUAUAUACCUUCAGGCUCUCAGUGUAUAUUGGAUGAAUUCUAGUAAUACUCGCUAAUUGUCAAUGAAUUUACUUAUUUUAGUCAAACUAGACAUUUUUCUGCUGGAUUUAGUGAUGGUUGCAUGUUAGUAAUUUGGAAUAGCAAUUACUAAGAUGGAAGUGGUUGGGGUGUUUAUGGAUAAAUUGUAGAUGGACAGAGAUAGAAAAUAGGUUAAAACUUUAGAAUAAGUUAAAAUAUUGAAGGAAACCAACAUUCUCCAUAUGCUACAAUAUUAGAAGAUGAUACUGCUAUUAUUUUAUUCAUUGAUGGGGAUCCCGUAUAAGGAGCCUCACUUAAAAUUGCCAGAUUUACUAAAGAAUAAUAAAGAAUAGGAAAUGAAUUAGAAAUCGAUACACUUCUAUUUCGCAAUUAUAAUUUAAAUUAUAAUUGCAUAGCUAAGAUAAUAAGUUUAAAAAAUGGUGGAUAUUUGAUAGCAUAUUUGACAAACACUGAUAGCUAAUUCUUAAAUUUGAUGAAAUUAAAAUUUUAUAACUAAGCUGGUGCUUUAGUAAAUUUAUAAUAAAUUACAGGCUCAUUUACAUAAAUUAUAUAAAUCGCAAGCACUGAAUUAAAUAUUGGAGCAAUAUAUAUAGAUAAAUAUAAUAUAAGAUAGGCCAUUACUUAUACUUUCGAGGGAGAUAUAAUUUUAAACCAAGAAUUUACAUUAAUUAACAAUCUGCCUCUUUAUUAGGAGUUUUACUUAGGAAAUACCGCUUAAUAUUUUGUAGUAGCAUUUGUAGUGAAUGAAGAAAAUAUCCUUUCAACAAAAUUAUAAUUUUUUGAUUCAAAUUUCUUCGUUUAUGGAAAUUAGAUCUAAAUAUAAGAAAAUCUGCAAAUAAAUCCUAAAUUUUUCAUUAAUGUUCCAUAUAUUUAGUUUGAUAAGUAUAAGUAUGGCAUUUCUAUGAUAAUUGAGUAUAUCGUAAAUGGCAGAAUUUCUGUGUAAGAGCAAUAUUAUGUUAAUACUAAUUGGGAACUCAAUUUAAUCAACACUUAUCACAUUUAAAAAAAUUGGUUUAUGUUAAACUAUUAAAAUGUUAGAAUAGUAGAAUCACUUGAUCAUUCAUUUUUCGUAGUAUGGACAAAAUUUGAACACUAUAACAAUGUUGAUUCAUCAAAUAUUCAUAUAUAAAAAAUGAGCGCAUAAGGAUAAUAUGUAACAUAAAGCACAGUUUUUUGUCAUUAAAAUUGCUUAACUUGUAUCAAUGAUUAGUAAUGUACAUAAUGCAUUGAAAAUUAUGAAUUAGUAGACGGAAAAUGUUAAGUUAUUUGUGAAUCUAAUUGCCAAUCCUGCAUAAUUCCUCAAAUUUGUGAUUUAUGCAUGUAAGGAUAUUAUCAGCAAAUAGAAGGAAAAUGCACUUAAAUAUUUCCAGGUUACCAUUAGCCUUAACCAUUAGUUAAUGAAAAUUUUUAAGGAGAAAUCUCUAAUCUUAUAACAUUUAAUGAUGGUACUGUUAGUUUUAUCACCUAUUAUUAUUCAAGAUCGGAUAACCUUUAUUAUUGGGAUUUUUAUUUAAUAAAAGAAUAAUAAGUAUUAAUGAAAAAAAAAAUAUAAAUGCUUGCAACUAAAUAAAUUAGGAUGCCGACUUAUAUUUACAGAAUUGAAUAAGAUUAUGUAGUAAUUUACUAUGAACUUUAAAGAAUAGAAGUUGUAAGAAUAAAAGAAGAUUAAUCAAUAGUCCUUAAUAAAGUAAUUGAUUAGAAUGAGUUCAUUUUGGAUGUACCUUCCUAUGAGAAAUAAUUUCUCUUAGAGCCCUUGAUAAAUAAUCAAUAUUCUCUUACCUAUUAUAUAAACAAUUAUUAGGAAAAUCCUAGAGUAUCAGUAUAUAAUAUUAUUUUGGAUUCUGAAUUGAAUUAAAUCGGAGAAGUUAGGCUAGUGCUCUCAUCAAAUGAAUUCGAAGGAAGAGGAAGAGAGGGAAAUUAUCUAACAUUUAGUAGUUAAAAUGGUAUAGCUCAAUUCAAAGAAGAGUAAAUGCUCUAAAACUAAUGUUUAUAUUCUUCCUUAUUAUUGACUUAUUCAUGUAAGAUGUAUUUGUUAAAUAAUGGUAAUUAUGUUUAAAUUUAUGUAACCUUAAAUAGAGAUAGAAUAUCUUAUACAGAUAGUUAAUGGAAUACUGAAGGUUAAUCAGUCUAUUAUAGACUAUUAAAUGGUUAAUUUAUUCCUAUAACAGAAGAAAUGAAAACAAUUUAAAAUGGAUUCCUCCGAUAAGAUUUUUUAGAAUGUUUAUCAUUUUCUGAUACUUUUGCAAUAAUAAUUAAAUAAUUUAACUAUUACACUUCUAUGAAUUAACUUGUGAUUUAAUACUUUGAAAAUUCUGGAGCAAAAUUAGGCAAUCCAGUAUAUGUAGGGUUCUUUAAUAAUGAUAGGUUGUAUUUAAAGGUCAUUUAAAUUGAAACUAAAGUUAGAAUAAUUUGGUAGGAAUAAGUUUGUUAAAAUAAUGAAUGUUAAAACAAUUUAUUAUAUAAAGAAUAUGAUGAUUAAGGAAAUGAAAUGACAAGUGCUCAAAAUAUAAAUUGUAUUUCAAAUUGUGAUGAAUGCAUAAAUUAAAAUUAUUGUACUAAAUGUAGUUCAAAUUAUUUACUGGAUUCUAAUUAAUAGUGUUAUUUAGAAUGUUCUUAAAAUUGUAUUAAAUGUUCAGUUAUCUCAUAAUGUGAAAUUUGUUAAAAUGGAUAUGAAUUAGUGAAUAAUGAAUGUUAAUAAUUGACUUGUCCAAAUAAUUGUGAUUUAUGCUCAAAGAAUAAUGAGGUGAUAAUUUGUGAUAAAUGUAAAACUAAUUAUUAUUCAAAUCAAUAAUAAUGUUUACCAGAAUGUCCAUCAACAUGUAGAACUUGUGAUAUACCAUUAGUUUGUUCAAGUUGUCUUUAAGGUUUUAUUUUAACAUAAGAUUAAAAAUGUUAAUUUGAAGAUCCUACUAUUAUUGAUCAAGUAAAAAAUACAAGUGUUAGUAAUCCAUUAAGAUAUACUUUUACAGAUGGAAGUUAUGUUUUAGUUUGGUAUUAAAAUGGUGAAUAAGCAGGAGUCUAUUUCUAAUUAUAUUCAAUUGAUAAUAAUAAAAUAGGAAAUGAAAUUUUAGUUUCAGAUUUAACUAGAAGAAGAUUAGCAGAAUCAUCAAUAAAAAAAUAAUAUUAUGCAAAUUUAGGAGCAAUUAAUAAUAACUUUUAUAUUAUUUGGGCUGAUUCUACUUCUGAUUAAACAAAUUAUCUUAUAUAAGGUUUUAAUUAAAAUGGACUUGAAAUCGUGGUUCCAUAAUCAAUAGGAUAAUCAGAUAAUAAUUUAUUAUCCCGACUUACUUAACCUUGUUAAUUAUUACCUUUAAAAAAUGAAAAUAUUUUUGCCUAUUAUAUGACUUAAAAUACUGAGGAUUUAUCUAAUGUUUCAAUAAACUAUUAAGUAUUUGAUCCUAAACUGAAUAGUAUCAGUUAAAUUUAAAAAAUUCCAAAAGUAAGUUAUUUAACGGCUCCAUCAAUUGUAUAGGAUGAUUAAGGAACAAUAUAUAUAAGUUAUAGUAGUGAUGGUUAUAUAUUUGUUUAAUAGAUAACUUAAUUUGGAGAUCCAAUUAAUUAACCUAAAGCUAUAAGUGAUGAUGGAACAUUAACAUUAAAAACAACAAUUCUGAAAAAUACCAUGAUUGUAUUUUUAUGGGAAAAUAAAGAGAUCUAAACUUUCAAAGCUGUGUUUAAUCUUAAUUACUAAUUAAUCUCAAAAGAUUUAUAAACUAAAAGUGAAGUCAAAGUUAUAGGAACUCCAUAAGUUUAAUAAUAAACACCAGAUAUAAAAUCAUUUAAUGAUGGAUUCGUAGUAGUUUGGAGAAUAACAGACUCUUUAUAUUAAUCAAUAGGAAUAUAAUUCUAAAUAUUUGAUGGUUUUGGUAGUUCAUUAACUUCUAUUACAAAUGUUGCCUUAUCAGGAAAAUCUCCAUAAAAUCCAAACAUUUAAAUAAUUAAUGAUGAUUAAUUUGCAAUUACAUACAUAUCAAAAGGUAUAGAUGUUGAUGGAUCUAUUUUGGGAGAUAGUAUACAGAUUAAGUAUUAUAACAAAUAAGGAUAAGAAUAUUUUAUUACAACUUCUUAAUUAUGUGGUAAAGAAUGUAAUAUAUGUCAAUCUCCUUUAAAUUGUUAUAGAUGUUCUUAUGGUUAUUAUCUAUCCUUAGAUAAUUAAUGUAUGAUAGAUUGUGGACUCUAUUGCAAUUUAUGUGAAGUACCUUUUGUUUGUUAAUCUUGUGUGAAUGGUUAUAAAUUAAACUCUAAUAAUUCUUGUAUGUAAGCUGAAUGUCCUGAUGGAUAUCAACGAAACUAAAAAACUAAAUUAUGUGAUCCUUAAUGCUCUCAAGAAUGCAUUUGUACAAAACCAAAUAUUUGUGAUUCUUGUAUAUCUGGAUACUAUUUGAAAGAUAAUGAAUGUUUGUUGGUUUUAGAUCUUUUAAAUCAAGACUCUAUCAACAAUUCAUUCUAUUUUUAUGCAUUUAUAGCACUUUGCAUAAUACUCGUUAUUAAUUGGUUUGCUUGUUCUAUAUGCUGUUAUUACUGUAGAUCUACAAAUUUCGUUUUUCAAAGUUCUGGACAUUAUAAAAUAUAAGAUUAAUUUAAAGUUUAAUCAGGAAUCAGAGAAACCGAAAGAUAUAAACAAAUUCUUAUGUAAUAAUAAACAGAUAAUCAAUUUGAUGAAAUUUAGUAAAAGAGUCAAAAUUAAAAUAUUUAUGGUUAAAUUUCUUAAAAUCAGGAAGAAGAAAAUGCUAAUGAAAUUAAGUUCUAUGUUUUAAACCCUGAUGAUUAAACAUAUAAGAGUAAUAAUUAAAUAGAAAAUUUAGAUAAGAAUGCUCAGUCUAUUUCUUAAUUAAGAAGGAUUGAUGAUGAUGGCAUUCAGUAAAAUGAUUAAAUAGAAUAACAUUAAAAUGAAUUAUCAGAAGAAAUAUAUUAAUAAAGACAUAGUAGCAAUAACGUGGAAAAAAUUGUGUCUCAUGAUGAUUCAAUAGAAGAAAUAUAACAUUUAUCAGAAAAUUAUUUAAAUAAAGAAGAAGAAGAAGAAAAAAAGAGAAAAAAUGAUGAUGAACUAUGUUCAAAUCAAUAAUCAAAUAAACAUGGUAUAGAAAAUAAUUAAAAUUAAUAAAUAAACAAUGAAUUAGAAAUAAACUUUGAUGUAUAAUAAUUCUAGAAAGUAGAAAUAGAAGAUAAAAGUUCUUUGUAUCAAAAUGAUUUUGAUUAAAUUGAUGAUUCAGUAAAUGUUUAGAAUAAAUAAAAUGAAGAUAUAUCUUUCAACUUGGACAUUGGAUUGAAUUGGAACUAAGAAGAGAAUUGA